AUGUGGAAUAUGUUAGAGAAUUACGUUGAUAGCCUUAAUCCAUCAAGCCUUGCUAGAUACAUUGAGAAAACCAAAUUAAUUGAUGGAGCGGAUCCGUAUCGUAUUAUGAAAGACCAGUGGUCGACAGAUGAUAAAGAUCUUCCCGAUAUUACUUACCCGGAUAUUGUAAAUUAUCUAGUCACAACUGAAAGCUCUUAUACAUUAGAAGACUUAAAAGAUUAUAGAUCUUUGCAAUCCUACAAUUACUUUGUAUCUGGAUGGGUAUCCGAUGUAAUGCAUUGUACAAUAAAUGACCGAUCGAUAAUUAUAGCCAAGGUCCAGCGCUCACUAAAUGUUAAAGCUGCCCCAUUUUUACCGUGGAUAAUAACUGAAUCGAAUGGAGUCAUUCGAGCAGCACACUGCAACUGCAUUACAGGUUUAGGAGAAACUUGCAGUCAUGUAGGUGCAAUACUAUUCACAGUUGAAGCAGUUGUAAAAGUACGCCAAAUGGCUUCAGUUGUUGAUGAAUCUGCUUACUGGUUAAUGUCACAUAAUGUUCAAAAGAUUGAAUUUAGCAAAGUGCAAGAUAUUAAUUUCGAAUCAACGGAAACAUUGAAAAGAAAAAAAAAUCAAAAUGUAACUAUUUCACCUUUUCCAACUGUAAAAUCGUCCAAUAAAGUUAAAGUACUAGAAGUUGCACCCCCUACUGAGCAAGAGAUGGCAAAAUUUUUUAGAGAACUGCACGAAAGUAACGCAAAAUCAGCUAUUCUAUCAUUAAUACCUGAAUAUUGUCAUUUUUAUGGCCCUUGCUACUUGAAUGGCCCUCUUCCUAAGUUACUUUGUGAUCUUUAUGAUGAAAAUUGGACUAAAAUGUCCAAAUAUGAAUUAUUUGAUUACUGUAAAAAAAUUAUGCUAUCCUUUGCGGUUACAGCAGAACAAGCAGACGCUAUUGAAAAGGAAACCCGUGAUCAUGACUCAAGUAAGCAAUGGUUAAUAUUUAGGACUGGAUUAAUUACGGAUUCGAAAUUGAGAGCAGUUUAUAGUGACGAUAUUGGACAACCAUCGAUCUACCUACUCAAAAGCAUUUGCUAUCCGAAAAAAGUAAAGCCUAAACAAACAAAUUGCUAUUGCAACCAUCUUAAAUUAGCGCAUGCACUUUAUACAGAGACUAUGAAAUCGCAACAUCAAGAUUUCGUCAUCUAUAAAUGUGGAUUAAUUAUCAAUCCAUCUUGGCCAUUUCUUACUGCACUUCCAGAUUACCUAACUAGUUGUCGAUGUUGUGGCGAAGGAACACUUCAAUUAAAAUGUUUAUGCUGUAACAAGCCUGAUGAGUUGAUCGAUCCAUCUGCUGUUGACAAUUGCUUUAUUAAAACAGAGAAUGGACAAAUAUUGCUGCGUCAAGAUCAUCCUAUUUACUAUCAGAUCCAAGCACAAGUCAAUAUUUCCAGAAAGGCCUAUGCAGAUAUUGUUGUUAUAACCAGUCAAUUUACUCAUGUAGAACGAAAUCAAUCCAAUACCAGGUUUUGGGAAAUCAUUAUUAAAAAGGUGAUCGACUACUUUCGCUAUAUUAUAUUACCUGAAUUAACCAGUAAAUUCUAUACAAGAUCAAAUUCUAAGUUAGCCAUUACAGAUGAUCAAAACAAAGACUUUACAGGCGAAGAAGCGCUACUUAGUUAA